AUGGGACACCCUGGAUCUGUGGCUGUGCCAGACACUCCUCUGCUGGACGGCACCGCCACGCUGUCCAGCAGUGAGGACGCUGAAACUGUAUCAAAGAGCAGCGAGGGACGGGCCUGCCCCCACGAUGUCUUGGAGAUCAUCUUUGUCCGGAAGGUGGGGGCUUUUGUCAACAAGCCCAUCAACCAGGCUACCCUGACCAGUUUGGACAUACCCUUUGCCAUGUUUGCUCCCAAGAACCUGGAGCUGGAGGAUGCGGAUCCCAUGGGGAAUCCGCCAGAUUCCCCAGAGACUACAUCUCCUCUCCAGGGCGGCUUGCACUCUGAUGGCUCCAGCGGGGGCAGCAGCGGCCAUACCCAGGACGACUUCGUCAUGAUCGACUUUAAACCAGCUUUUUCUAAAGAUGACAUCCUUCCGAUGGACUUGGGGACCUUCUAUCGUGAAUUUCAGAACCAGCCUCAGCUGAGCAGCCUCUCCCUCGACAUCGGGGCCCAGUCCGUGGCCGAGGACCUGAUAUGGAAGCCCCUUGGCCGCCACCUCGCCCUCUGGCCUCCUGCCCUCCUUCUGUGGCCAUUCCUGCUCCGCAGGCCUGGAGAGUUCUUCCCGCUGCUCCCCCACGCCCACUCCUCCCAUCUUGCGGUCAGUCACAGGACAAGACGGUUGAACCGUUACCUUCCUGCGAUCGCACUCGAGAUUUGCAUUGCGCUCCGCGGUCACUAUCUUGACUUUGCUUGCGUUUAUUUCCUCCUUUUCUCUGCAUUCUCAUCCCAGCAGUUCUCACACUCUCCUGUUGUUUGCCUGAUGUCCUCUACUUGCUGA